CCGCUCUGCUUGUCACUGACUGCUGCACACGGAGGAAAUGGUACGCUGCUUUCGGUUGGGCUGUGCUCAGGCCCUAUCUCUUAUCAUCUCAUCCGCCCUCGGUCUGUUUACACGCAAAACAGUCUGUUGUUAACUGGAAUACGAUACGAAGAUCCUGCGUGUAGGCAGAUUUUCUACAAGUGUUCUACUGCUCAGUAUGCCAGAGCGCAUGGACUAAUUUGACAACGAUGGCUUCGUUGCGAAUGGUCGCCAAACUCCGGGCUGGAGUUUUCGGAUGUACUAAACAGUUCCACUUCGCACUCAAAACAACCCGAUCUCCGGUGAAAUUACUGCAUACGAUCCAUCCCAGACAGCCACAGUGGAUAUGUCCUCCCCAAGUGGUCUUCUGCAGUACCCUAGCACCCUCUAGUGAUGUGUGGUUGCAGUAUAAACAUGGACGUCCGGUGCUGGCUUUGCCGCUACCCUCCAGGCAGGAGCGCUGUCUGUUUUUCCUCAGGCCCAUGUUGAUGACUGUAGGAGACCUCAUCCACGACCUACAGAGAGAAGACCCGGGAGUCACCUCUGCCUCCGUGCUCACCAAGGAUGGAACGCGGUGGCUAACACCACCUCUAUGGACACUCUCCUGGACAAAGACUUCCAGCUCCUCAUCAAUGAUGCUGUAUACAACGUUCACUCCCCUGAAAGAGAGGCGUCCAGUGUGUCCAGUGAGCAUGUGGCGGACGUGGAGGACAUGAAGCACAUGGUGCAGCUGCUCCACAUGGCCCUCCACCUGCCUGACCACCACCUGCUGAAGGAGAGACGGCUGAUGGAGAGACUGGAUGGACUCAAACAGGACCUCUCACCUCUGGAAGAGGUGAAGGCACAGCUAGCGCGCAGUGCAGAGUUCCACUCCUCCAGGACUCUGUGGACAGGUGUGGCCCUGCUGUCUGUGCAGGGUGGGGCCUUGGCCUGGCUCACCUGGUGGGUGUACUCCUGGGACGUCAUGGAGCCCGUCACCUACUUCCUCACCUACUGCACCAGCAUCGGAGUCUUCGCCUACUAUGUCCUCACCAAGCAGGAUUAUGUCUAUCCAGACGCCAAAGACAGGCAGUUCCUGUAUUACUUCCACAAGGGUGCCAACAAGGAGCGCUUCAACGUGCAGAAGUACAAUGAUCUGAGAGAGGAGUUGGCUUCGGUGGAAGAAGAUUUGAGACGUCUAAGGAAUCCAACCCAACUUCAGCUCCCUGUAGAACAGAUCCAGCGCAAGCCAUGAGGAGUAACCACACACACACACCGUGUCAAACUGAAGGACUACUGAGCAGCAGCACUUCUACGCCAUUUCUUCCCGUUUAUUUUGAUAAUUGUGCCUUUUUCUUACUAACCCUGCAGAUCAUUCUAGAGUUUUGGUUUACACUGUUUACAGUCUUGGAAGUGAUACCGAAGUCAUUUGGAGUAAUAUAAGUAUUGAAAGAAAUAUCAUAUGAGAAAGCAUUUUCCUGAAUACUAAUCAUAUUUUUUCUGCAAUCAUGGCCGUUGCAGUAAUUCAAUAUAGUAGCUAGUGUCAUUUCUUAUAGAAGAGCAAAGUUCUGAAUAUGAAAUAGUAAUGACGUGUGUGUGUGUAUAUAAUGAGAUUAUCCAUUCCUAAUGUUUACAAAGAUUAAGAGAACUGAGACGGAAUUCACAAAUUCAAUUUCAUUAUUUUAUUGCACCUCAAUUGACUUUAAUUUCAAUCAUAAAAACCCUAAACAUAUUUCAAGUUUUACAACUGUAAUUGUAUAAAUGAGAGAUUCUAAUUCAAUAGGAGCCCCCCGCACCUCUCCAAAUGCUAGUAGUGCAAUCCCCAUCUCCCAAAAGCUCAGAGCCAAAUUUCCCUGGUAGACCACAUAACAAGAAAAGUAUCUUACCAACGGUGAAUAAAAUGGUCCCCGUGUUCUUAUACACCUCAGAAAUAGAAACAUGAAUUGGUGUCCAGCACUCAGGUUUACAUACAAAUAAGCAGUACCUCGUGCAUUGUCAUUGCUUUAGUAAAUAUCUCCAAGUGACUAACAAUGAUAAAAGAUUUUUUAAAACAUGAGAUCGUUGAUUGGUACCCUGAGUUGUCUUAUCUGAGCUAUAUAAUGCACACACUAGCAUAUUUUCUGGCUGAAGAAUAUGCCUGUAGUCAUGUGGUGUAAAAAAAAAAAAAGAUUGGUACUGUUAAAGUUGUACAAAAUGAGGGCAGCAGGUAGCCUAACGGUUAGAGCCGUGCGCCAGCAACCGGAGGGUUUCCAAUCCUGGGCCCAAUGUGUAAUUAACCAAUAAAGUGAUCUUAAGAUGAAAACAGUUGUCAAAUACCCUCAAUAAAAAAGAACAAUGGUAAAAA